AUGUCUCGACGUCCAACUCCCUCCCAGGCUGCCCAGAAUCAGCAGACGAUCAAGAAUCUGCUGAAACUCGAUUCAAACAAGAUAUGUGCCGACUGCAAGCGCAAUAAGCACCCUCGGUGGGCGUCAUGGAACUUGGGCAUCUUCGUUUGUAUCCGCUGCUCGGGUAUCCAUCGCGGCAUGGGCACCCAUAUCAGUCGGGUCAAAUCCGUGGAUCUCGAUGCCUGGACCGACGAGCAGCUCCAGAGUGUGUUGAAAUGGGGGAAUGCGAGAGCGAAUAAAUACUGGGAGGCGAAGUUGGCUCCUGGCCAUGUUCCGGCGGAAGCUAAGAUCGAGAACUUCAUCCGGACCAAAUAUGAAUCCAAGCGGUGGGUGAUGGACGGUGGAAUGCCCGACCCUUCCACCUUAGACGUUGGCGAUGACGACGUCCCCCUCGCGGUCGUGCAGGAAAAGGCCAAGAUUGAGCGUUCGGCAUCGCAGCGGACCGCAACGGCCAGUCAACCCCCAACGCGUCGUGCGCCCCAACCGACCAUCGACCUCUUCGGCGACGACCACAUUGCCCCCCCCGCUCGUCCCAGCACAACCGACCCCGCGACUCGACCCGCACCCAGAGCCCAACCCCAGGCUGCUUCUAAAGCUGCCGCGCGCCCGGGGGACUCGUUGCUUGGACUGGAUUUCUUUGGCAGCACUCAGCCGGCUCCCCCCAGUCGCCCGAACAGCACUUCGUCUACACCCGGGGCCACGACGGGAUCGUCUAGGCCGGACUUGAAGCAGUCGAUUCUUUCACUCUACUCGAAACCUCAGCCUCAGCAGGCUCCGGCGCAGCAUGAACGCUCUCCGUCCUUUGGCGAUUUCGGUGAUAUGGCGUCGCCACCACCGCCGCAGUCCGCCUCAUCGUCCAAUAUGGGCGGUCUGACUGAUGCCUUCAGUGGACUGAGCUUCCCGUCGACCACAUCUCCGCCCCCUCCGAAGCAGGCCGAGAAACCCUCGCCGUUCGCCAACCUGACCAGCUUCAACAAUACAAAGGCAACCCCGGCGGCUCCCAAGGUUACCUCCCCGGCAGCUUCCGCUAGUAGCGGCGGCGGCAGUCUAUUCGACAGUCUUACCUCCCCGACGUUCCCGCCUGCGAAACCCCAGGCCUCCCGCAAUGCCUCGAUCUCGUCCAACGCCUUUGAUUCCGGAUUUGGCGGGUUUUCGUCGCCCCCGCCCUCCAAGCCGAACCCACCCCCCGCGGCGGCCAAUGACCUAUUUGGGCUCUCCUCCCCAACGGUCUCGACUGCCGCAAGAUCACCGCCCCCACCGGCCAUCUCCCCCCAGCAAGAACUGAGUUCCGCGUUCAACCUCAACCCUCCACCCCUCCAGCCAGCUCCGAAACCCGCCGCGUCUCCCGUGACUGCCAGUAUGGCCAGCGCACUGCCAGCCACUAUCGACCCGUGGGGCGGAAACGCCUGGAGCACGCCAGACCCGGCGCCUGCUGCACCGCCAUCGUCGACCAUGAAGGUACCGGAUACGCUGACGCCGAACGACUUCGGUGGCGGCUGGGGCGCCCAGGCCUCCUCGCCCGCUGCCACCUCGAAGCCUGCGCCCACCGUGGCCACGGACGAGGACUUUGGCGGCUGGACCAGCGCGGCUCCGGUCCCCGCGGCCACCACUACGACGAGUGCCCCUCCACCUAAACCGGCUGGCGGGUUUAACGGGGCUGAUGAUUUAUUCUCUAAUGUCUGGGAGUAG